AACCGUAAAGAACGGCUAUUGAAGUUUACAAUAGGAAUAUAUUUUGCAUUGGAAAUUAAGAUAUUAUAUAUUGAGAAAAGUAUAUGAAGUGAAGAUUUUUUUCAGACUAAAUGUUAUUUUAAUGUGGACCCUAUGCCAAAUUUUAAAGUCUUUUGUAAGAGUGAGAGUUAUGGAUAGUUGAAAGGAUUAUCUGAAUAGUUGUUUUGGGAAUGUGAGCUAGGGAAUAUUUUUGGUGGAUGUGUAAAUAUAAUGGGAACAGAGGUGGCUGCAAGGCCGAGUAUUCCCACUGGCCUGCCGGCAAACAAUCAUGGCCCGGGCCGGAGGAAGCGCGAACGCUCAUUCUCCAGUUCGGGAAGUGUCGGCAGUAAUGCCAACAGCUCAAGCAAGCCUGUAUAUGCGCGGGAUUAUAGUCUGCGAAUCCAAAGAAAGAAAUACAGUCUUGCCAAGGCGAUCGUGUGUGUUGGUGCUAAAAUUCAUCAUCGGACAUCUCCUGCUCUCAGUCUACCUGAUGAUAAGUUACGACAGCAACAGGUCUUCCAAGAAAACUCCAAGCUUUCUUCGAACACGACCGGCAGGAUAAGAGAAAUCAGUUUCAUCUCAGAAUCGAAUUCGUCACAACGUUCAUACGCUACAAAUCAAAAAGCUAUUUCAAAAUACAGUGACUCUCAGGAUUAUAAAAAUCGCUACCGGGCCCAAGGUGGUGUGACUGAGCCGUAUGUUGGGCGGGCGGUUUUAGACAAAAAUGACUCACAGGAAUCUCAUUUUUCUGCCAUACAAUCACAAGGGGCCCAGGGGUUCGACUCCUGGCCCUUGGAAUUUCCAUUCCAAUAUGAUGACUAUGUCGAGGAAAGUUAUUACCGGUACUAUGAUAAUGAUACUCAUGGACGCGGGUUGUCCCGGGGUGUUUUAGACGACCACCCGACCCUAGAAAUCGUCACUGCCAACCAACCCCUACCCCCAGAUUUCUCCAAGAAAAUUGUUGAUGCAAUAACUAGUUACCAUGAGACUCCAGCCAGUAGUCAGCGGUCGUCCCCAACGAUUACAGAGGACGUUGCGAGCUCGAGUCAGUCAGUUCAGGAAGAUUUGUGCCAGACUGGUUACACUACAGAACGAAGUAGUGUCGACUCUCAGUACUCCUGGGACGAGUUUGACCGGCAGGCAGCUAAGACGGUCCAGCGUCUCUUUGAUGAGAUAGACUCGGUGUUGUUUGAGCUGCGGUCUAAUCAGGCUGAACAGAGUAUAUACAAGGAAUGCCAGGAAUGGGGCACACUUUUCCCACAUUUACGGGUGCUUGGCAGACAGUUGGUUCCUGUUCAGGAUGCAGGGUUCGAGCUGAUAGAACGGGAGAUGUCUCGACCAAACACCACCUCCAGUUUGGACCUGGUAGAGAUCACAGACCAUGACCUCUCUCUCAACUCACAAGAUUCUCAGGGACUGUCCAUAAGUGGUCGGAGCGUACGUGCCAAGAUGCCUCCACCCGAGGCACGGUCCCGUAACGCCAGUACGCCGUCCACACAGUCAGAGUUCUCUUUCCUGGAGGAGGAGAUUUACGAGCAGGAAGGAGAGUAUGAGGAGAUCAUCGCCAUCGACUACAAGGACAUCUACGAGGAGCACUCAGACCACAAGAAGCAGCUGACCCCUCGGAGACGUCGUGUGGCAUACCCGCCUGUCACGCCCAACGCCUGCUUCAAAGAUAGUGUCGCUAGCUCUGCAUUUGACUGCAUGUGGCAUGAGAUUAUUUCCUGGAUCAGACCGCUGUUGAAGAAAUAUUCCAUUACCAUAUUUGACAAUAAGCCUCAACACCAGUCCAUGAAGGCGAUAAGUGACAUCCUCCGGAAUGAGUCCACACCGGGGCCUCCGUCAAGGGAAAACUCGUAUCUAAAGAAUGUCCCUCUGGGUAGUCGUGCCCACACCAUGAUCGAGGCGCAACAGCUAGUUGACCUACUCCACAUUUCACCAAAAAUUCCCAUACCUCGUGAAGCUUCAAAUCUGGGUGACAUGGCUGACACCCACCAGGGCAUCCCGUCAACACGGCCUGUAUCCAGUCUGCCAAUCGGCAUGAACCGGAGACCCCCGACGACACGAGGAUACGGACCCAGGAAUGUGAAGAACAACGUGAAGCUGGCUCCCAUACAGCAUGAUAGGGACCGCUCCAAAACUCCAAGUGUGGAUGAGGACCAAUCGUUACCUCUACGGGUGCGGAAAAUCGACAUUGGCCAGACCGCCUCCCCUACAUACAACCCUCGAAAUGGAGCCCUACCCCCUAUAGGUACCCCAGGGCCCCUUGAGCUGGAGCAAAACUCCCGAUUGCAGAAAAAACUUGUGUCCAGCCGAGCUAGCAGUGCAGUAGACAAAGAUUUAAGGGUCGUUUAUCGUGACCGAUUAUUCGGGGCCCCAGACACCCGACCUAGCACGACUCACGCCUUUAGGUCUGAGACGCCGGUAGGUCUGAACAGGCGAGCGUCGACACCGUUCAACUCUAGUGCAUUUAACAACCCACCUCUAUCCAGGAAUAGCUAUGGUGCUGGUGGAAUGCACCUUGACAUCCGUGGGAGUGGCUUGCAGCCGUCACAUGACCUUGGUCAGCUUGGAAACAUCCCACAGGAGGAGGACACGGAGGGCAUGGAGGAACCGGUCCAUCAAAACCAAUGGAGUAAAGGUUUUGUACUGUCACCCGGCCGUUAUACAAACGUGCCCCCUGCCAGUGCCCCAUCUAUGGUGUACUAUAAAUAACGCGCCUUCAACACCUAGUCACAACAAUCCUUACCGUCGCAGCAGGCAGGUGAGCAGCCUCGUUCGUUCCUGAACCUCUCACACGGUGCCCUCAGUGUGCAAAACAUUUCAAGGAGGAAUAUGGACAAAAAGUGUUGUGUUUACAUGACUUGUGCCAAAUUGCCAGUAAUAUUUUGAUCAGGAAUAGAGAUCUGAAAUGACUUUGAAAAAAGAAGGCUUCUGGUGAUACUGAUGACUAUAGGGGGAAUAAUCUGAGUCAUCCAGAAGAUUCGUUUCCAUCUUGUGACUGUGAUGAGCAAGUUGUGAAGGUGUUUAUAAAUGUGCUUGACAGGACAAGAUGGCUGAAUAUGUUGUUUGUUGUACUUAUACUAUCCCAGUGAAGAUGAUAUUUAUUAUCUAUAUUUUGAGAUGGACAGUAGUUAAAUGUUGAAACUUGUGAUAGAUAUGAUAUUUAUGUAGAAAGACUUUCGACUUGGAAGCAUCAUAAUGCUUUUGCAGGCUGACAUUGGUUCCAGUGGAAUUUUAGCUCGUUUUUUUGGGGGCAAAACAAAAAAGGCGAGGUAUUGCCAUAGCUAGCAUUGGUGUUGAUGGCGUCACUGGGCCGUUGUUGGCGAAUUCUUUACCCUGGAAACUACUUUAAAUAAAAUUAAAGAUAUUUAAAUGAAACUUGGUAAACAUGUUGCCAGAGACAGUAUACGUCCACAUAUAGCAAGGCCCAUAGCUUUGUUUUUUGUACUUGUUGAGUUACAUGCCUCAUUUCCACUUGAAAAAAUAGACAAGCGUGGACUUCGCGUUACGAUGCUCUCAUCAUUUUUAUCACUUAUUUUAUUAAUGCUUUGAGUAUUUCUAAAUAACUUGAAACAGUUUGAACAAAAACUGUUGCACAUAAUCAUGGUUAAAAAGAUUAUCAAUGUAUUGCAACAUAUUAUAGAACUUUAACAAACCAUAUUCAUUACAAAUAAUGAUGCUUUAUCUUGUUGUUGUUCUCUGCUACAACUGUGAUAAGUAUAUUAUAAAGAUGUUUUGAUUGAUUGAAUGAAUAUGACUAACAUUUAGUUUUAAUUAUGAUUGUUUGAAAUGGAUGGAAAUACUUUUAUCUCGCCCCAUGUGUAAUUUUCUGGUUUAUCAGAAAGAAAUGAAAUAGUUCAAAGUAUCACAUGGGAGAAUAACUGCAGCAGAUUUACAUACAAACACGUGUACAUCUACCUUACAUGUACCUUCAAACCUUCAAUAACAAGUUUUGUAUUCAUGAAUGUAUAAUCAUUUUGUAUUACAACAACAACAACAACAACACACAAGUGUAAUAGGACUGUUUCUUUGAAGAGUGAAAAGGAUGUAUACAUUUUAUCUUUCUGGUAUGUAAUCAAGAAAUCCCCAAUAUUUUGGCUUUUGGUUUAUCAAUAUAUGGCAUUAUUUUCAUUGUUCUGCCUUUUUGCUUGUCUGAUUUUGAAGAAAUUAAGGUGAGAUAUUGUCUUAGCCUUGGUGGCGUUUGUGUCACCCUUGUUCUGCACUUAAACCUUGCCUUUAACUCAGAAUCAACUAAAGUUAUUCAAAUUAAACUUGGUAGACAUGUUGACAGAAAUGAUUUGCACAUGCCCUGAGCAAGGCCCAUUAUUUAAGUUUUGAGUUAAGCCCCAAUUUGACUGAAAAAAACAGCUGAGCAUUGCAGUCCACUCCACGGGGCUCUUGUUAUGCGUUUAAUGUUUGAAUGCCCAUUUGUGAGCCAUUAUUGUAGUUCCUCAGGUUAGUGAUUGAUAUGAAAUACUCUUGUGAAUACCUCAGUUCCUGUGCUGAUAAGCAUACUGGCUUUUUGUGAUGACAUUUCUUAUAAAACAUAUCAGAAACAUUAUUCUCAGGCUCAAGUGAAAUCACUCUCAUCAAAAUGUUCAUUUCAGAUAUAAUUUUGUGGUUCGCUUGAUGAUAUGAUGGCUUCUAUGAUUUACAGACAGUUACUUUCUUAUGAAAAUGAUUAAUAAAAAAUACAGGGACAAUUUAAAGGGACUCACUCAUGGUUUGUGUAAAAUGCACUUUUUUAUUACGAAAUUAAGGGUGGCAAAUCAUUAGGAGUGUUAAAACUAGGAUACUGACAGCUGGAACCCUUUAGCAAAUGUUUAUAAUUGCUCAAAUAUUGUCUUUGAAGACAAUCUAACAGGUUUCAGCUAUUCGUUGUUGGGUUGAAUGACAUUAUCAUGUGGUGUUAUCAAUGUAUUGUGAAAUGGUCAAAAUAUCUAUCUGUGUUGUAUAAGCCCUUGAGGCCUGGUGGUUAGAGUGUUGGUUUUCUAAAAAACUCUACUGGCGGCAUAGGUUUUGCAUCCCAAUUAAACCAAGAUACUUUAGAAUAUGUUGAUUGAAUUUUUGGUUCAAAAACAUGAGCGAGUCCCUUUGAACAAUGCUUGUAAUACAAGUUAUAAAACUGUUACCUUGAAAGUGUAUUUUUAUUUUGGUCUUUUGACAGCUGUAUGAAUUGACUCCUGAGAUGUUGUUGUUGAUAGAAAUGAUAUUUUGUGUUUAAGUUUCUUUGUUUCUGUUUCACUGACUACUUUUUUGUGAGUAAAACACAUUAUAAGCUUGUCUGUUUUUCGAACAAAAGGUCAAGGUCAUACUGUUAAAACAUUGACAUCAAUGUCAGCAUCAUUGUCGGUGUACACAACCUUUAACCUUAGACCUAGAAGAUGAAUCAAGAUAUUUAAAUGAAACUUGGUAGACAUAUUGCUAGAGACAUAUAGACACAUGUUUAUCAAUAACCAUAACUCUGGCUUUAAUGAUGAGUGAGUUAUGCCCCUUUUCCGACAAAUAAAAAAAGACAAGCAUGGUGUUUGCUUCGCAAAGUUCUUGUUUUAAAUUGAGAUCCCAGUACCCUUAUUUGCAUGUACCGGUAAUGCUUUGCUUUCUGCAUGUUAAUAUAAAAUUUGAUUUCCACUUGAACUUAUAUAUUGCAUUGAAGAUUGUUGCAAGUUUAAGAAACAUUUGUGUACAAGGGAUUUUAUAUGUUCAGAUUUGACCUUUAUAUGCUUUUAGUUAUUUUUGAAAGAAAAAUGAUUGUUGUUAUGAAAUUCACUUUUCUAUGUUACAGAAUUGGAUGCUUGCCUCGACCACUCUGAUACAUAAUUCGUUUUCUUAAUAAGCUCACUCCAAACUGAUAAUACAUGUAUGUCUAAGCUUCUUAACCAAACCUAAGUAUUAAAAAGCACAGCAUAUUAUUUCAUACAGAAUAAUAAUUAGAGCAAAAAAAACAAUGCAAUAUAUCAUAUACAUAGAUCAAAGUUCUAGAUCUAUGGACCAGCAAACCUAGAACAUGCCUUCUUUAUGAAUUUUAUAGGUGACAUUUGAAGGGCAUUGUUUUUGGAAGAAAAGAUUUGCUUUUUAUGCAGCACAUUGCUGUUUUUAUUCCUGCCAGGUUUGUUCCCAUUUGGAAAUUAGAAUGUGAUGUUUAACAGAAAAUCAAAUUGGUAUGGCCUUAAUAAAAUCUGCUUUCAGCUAACUUUUGGUUUCAGAAUGCAUUCAAUUACUGUAUUGUUUCAUAUGUCGACUUGAUAUUUAGGGCGUUUUGUUAUGGAUUUCUUUUUCAUUCUGUAAAUACUAAACCAUGUAUAUACAUUUUUCAGCGAUGGAACAUUAAUAGCAACAUUUAUGUAUAUAUUUGAAUAGGAAAUAGACAUACUUUAAAAUAAAUAUUAAUGUGAA